GCAACCGCCACAGCAUGCGUUAGCAAAGCGCAUGAAAAAAUCUUCACCUGUGUGCAUGCCUUUACAAGCUCACGUGUGCAUGCGCACAGAAGUGUGGAAGAGAAAAAUGCCGCACCCUCUCUCUCUCUCUUUUUACUCCCUCCCCUGCAGUGAAGUGUGAGCAUUUACCACCAUGUGUAGGAGGAGCCUCGUUAUAUGAGGGGGAGUGAGGGAGGGAUGGAGAAGCAGCAUAGCAAUAAGAAUGAGAGGAGAUGAAAGAUGCUGAAGUGUUCGAUUCUGCAAGCACCACCCGGACAAAUAGAGCUCCUCAAUGUUACAAUGACUCUGAGCAGUGGAUAAUGCUGUCAUGGUUUAUCUAGUGAGCAGGGCUCUGGAGAUCCGCAUCUUAAAAUGUCAGAUCACGAGGACAUUACUAAAGCCAUGGGACACUGGAACACCUCGGAGAGCUAUCAGCUCAACCCGGCCAGCGUCAUCGUGUCAGUGGUCUUCUCGCUCAUCUUUCUUUUGGGAACCGUCGGGAACAGCCUGGUUCUCGCUGUGCUACUCAGAAGCGGGCAAGUCGGAUAUAACACCACCAAUCUUUUCAUCCUCAACCUCAGCGUAGCCGAUUUCUUUUUCAUUAUCUUCUGCGUGCCUUUCCAAGCCACCAUCUACUCUCUGGAGGGCUGGGUGUUCGGUUCCUUCAUGUGCAAGGUUGUUCAUUUCUUCAUCAACCUCACCAUGUACGCCAGCAGUUUCACCCUGGCCGCUGUCUCUGUGGACAGGUAUCUGGCCAUUCGCUACCCCCUACGCUCCAGAGAACUAAGAACGCCGUGUAACGCUGUCGUCGCUAUGGUAGUCAUCUGGGGCCUGUCUCUUGUUUUCGCCGGCCCUUAUUUGAGUUACUAUGACCUCAUUGAUUUCGAAAACAGCAACGUGUGCGUACCCGGCUGGGAGGAACAUAAUCGCAAAGUGCUGGAUACUUGUACGUUCGUGUUCGGCUACGUCAUUCCCGUGCUUAUUGUAAGUCUGUCUUAUACACGCACCAUCAAGUACCUUUGGACAGCGGUUGACCCUCUGGAUGGCAUGUCUGAGUCAAAACGUGCGAAGCGAAAGGUCACCAAGAUGAUCAUCAUAGUCACCGUGCUGUUUUGCAUUUGCUGGCUGCCGUACCACGUGGUCAUUUUGUGCUACCUUUACGGAGAUUUCCCCUUCAACCAGACCACGUACGCAUUCAGACUGCUGUCACAUUGCAUGGCCUACGCAAACUCCUGCCUCAACCCAAUCGUUUACGCCCUGGUGUCCAAACACUUUCGCAAGGGCUUCAAGAAGGUGUUCAGCUGCAUCCUUAGCAAAAAGGGACGAAACAAGGUACAUGUGGUCCACGUGGCCAACACCGUACCGGGAUUCGAAGCCGGUUCUACCGAAGUGUCUCAGAUGAAUGAAGAGAACGCCAGACAGAACGAGAACGAAAUGGUCAACCGUCCGCUCGCCGAGCCUCAGAAUACAACAAUGACCAUAACAUUACCAUUUCAGAAUCAACCCUGAGACCCGCUAAUGAUGCCUUAUUAAUGAACUCAAACAGAGCCGGAGCCGGAUUUUUGCUGCUUUGAUCCAUAUCACCAUGGUUUUGCUUUGACUAAACGAGUACAGCAAAGAUUGUAGUUAUUUAAGGUUCGAAUCACCGAACAAAUUGAAAACGUAUUUUCGUUUUGCUUUGCUAUUUGAGUUGUAAUUCUGAAAUGUUUUAUUUAUGAGCUCUUUCAUUUUUGAGCAGUGAUGUUUGUUUGUUUGCGUUUCCUUCAGAGCAUGUUUCAAUUUAACGCUGUGAUGACUACUUUCCUGUGAAAAAUAUUUUAGCGAUUACUGUCUGUAACACACUUUAAUAUCUGAAGAACGCUUUUUAUCUUUACAUGUGUGAAGCUGUGAUUUCUUAACAGGCUUAAGGACUCUUUUGAUUGUGGGCCUCAGCUUCUAACAAGCUCUUUAAAAUGUGCUUAUGUUAAGUAUGUUUUGGCUCUCACAUCUGGUUCAGCUUUGUAGUUUUCUGCUGUUGUAAAAUGUCUUGUUGAGUUGUACAUCAAUAGCUGGACUUGGUUGCACUUAAUUUUAAAGUGCCCUUGUUACAGUGUAAUUAUACAUUUAAGUUAAUUGAGUAAUAAUGAUUAACAUGUACUUAAGGUUAGGAUUACGGUUGGGUUUAAGGUUAGUUGCAUGUUAUUAGGCAUAAUUACUCUAGUAAUUACAUGUAACGUGUAACAAAGCCACUGUAAAAUGUGUUAAGGGUCGUUCACAUUAUAACGGUAACUAUAAAAAAUAGUUUUAAAAAUCGUUUAAUUUUAAAGAGAAUAGUGGAGUUCACACCACAACUAUAACGAUAAAGACCAGAGGUGUGGACCAUAGACUGUAAAAAAAGAUGGAUGACGCAACAUUGCCCCCUUCCAUUGUAAUGAAUUAAAGCUAAAAAUGUCCGCCCAUGGUCGCCGGCAUGUUACGUAUAAACGUCAGUUUGGAGCCAAGGCAUGCGCAGAAGGAAGCCAGAGGCGGAGCUGCGGAAUCAAACUUUCGCCCAAACGCUUGUGUGCCCAAUUCAACCACGCCAAUCAUAACGCCAUGCCCUGUUUCUACUGCAUCAAAUUAUUAGCUAAAAUUAAACUUAUCACAACAUGAACAAUUGAACAUAUAUAAGCGUGAUAUCAACUACCUUAAAGGACCAAAACCAUUUUUUGGAAAAUUUUAUUGGUAAAAUGGUAGUGUAAAUAUUUUUUUUUUAUUUAGAGCAGAGUCGUUUCAUUCGUUUGAAUGGAGAGGACGAGGUUUAUGAUUUGUACUGCAGCCAGCCACCACCGGGAGAUAAAAGAGCCAGAGGCUUCACUUUUCAAGACGUAUGAGGCACACCCGGUGUGGGCGCUAAUAAAGUUAUCGUUAUAAUGUAAACGACCCUUUAACUUUAUUACACAGGCUGCUCAGAUCCUCAAAUGUUUACUUCAUAUAAACAUGGUUGAAUAGUAAUGUUUAUCUCAGACUACAGACAACCAUCGGUUUACUUCUUGUGCUGCCUUAACUUCAUGUCUCAAUUUUGCUCAGUAUGUAUAAUGUACUACCUUUGAAAAACAAGUUGUAUGUUGAAGGUUUUCAAUUUGAUGUUGAAAGUGAAUUUUAAUAAAAUGCGCAUUGGUAAUCCUCUUGGACCUCUUGAUAUUUUAAAAGAUAAGCAUAAAUUGGGAGAUAAAAUGACCUUAAAUUGCUUCAGGAGUCGCUUGAGUAGGCUUGUAGCCUGGAAAAGUGUUUGGGAGAUGAAACAAAAUUUUUCCAAUAAGAGGGUGAAGCUGCAGCAUUAAGUGAGAGUUAACGUUUAAUGCUUUGCAUUUAUUCUCCUUGAAAAACAACUUUGAACCUAAUAAAUGUUGAAAGCAACGAAAAAUGGUUAAGAUGCUCUUCCAAAUGUACAGUACUGCAGCCACAGUCCACACCUAUAUAACAACAUGAAAAGGAUCAUUUACUUUCUCGUCUUGAAUUACGGCUCGGUCAAGGCAAGCUUUUAAACAUACUGAAUUAUGUUUUACUACAUAGAGAAUUUAAGUCCUGUGGGUUCAAAGCAACCAAAGAGACCUAUAUCAUAAUCAGAUGCAUUCAGUUUGUACCGUCACAAUUUGUCAUUUUUGCCACUAAAGGUGACAAACAUUAACAAUGGCGUAGCUUGGUUAUGCUGUAAAGGAGCGUGGAAUGGUUAUGGAGUUGGGAAUAAAGCAAUAAGCCCCAAGAAGCAGUGGGUUACCAGUGCAUUUUAUAACAGCUAAGGGGCGUUGUUAAAGUGCCUAAAACCCCCUUGGCUGUUAUAAAAUGCACUGUAACCCCACUGCUUCGCGGGGGUUAUUGCGUUUAUAAUACAGUUACUUCAUAUGCAUAACCUUAGCGGGAUUUUAUAAAAAAAACCACAAAUAAGCUGUAAUUCUAUUAGUACAAAUAUUACUCUUCCGCCAAACAAAGUAUUUCCUCAGAAUCAAGUGUGACUGAAACAGAGCACAGUUCCCAACCAACACAGACGCAGCAAAGACACAAUGAAAAUAUGAUUUAAUACUGUGGUGUUUAUUUUAUAAACCCCCAUUCAUCUAAUUUAUACAGUGAUGAUCAAAUAUGCUUGAAAGCAUGCUUAACUCUUUCCCCGUCAGCGUUUUUUUUUUUAAGUUGCCACCCAGUUUUAGUUUAAUGCCUUGCAGAAAAAUUAUCUUCUUUAAAUAAACAUAAAACAUCAAAUGAAAGAACAGACCAUCCGCUUUCAAACAAACAAACAAAAAAAAACGUUUCAUCCUACCUUCAUUUGUUUUCUUAUCACCUCUCAGAUUUUUUAGCUAAAAGCGGAGACUUUUCAGCAGAUUCAGAGCCUGAUCAAAACACGCUGUUUUUAGUGUUGAGUGAAUGCGUCAGUGUUUAAGUUGGGUAAGAUCGCCACCCAGUGGAUAGCGGAAAUAUGACUUUGAGGUAUAAACUCCUAAGCGAACGUUUUCUCUUUAUUGAUUAGAUGACUCAGCAAUAUUUAUUGACAUGUAU